AUGUAUAUAAAUCUAUCCUCAACAUUUAACUUAUUCCUCGACGAUAGAGGUUUGAAACAUCUUGAUUUCUUUGAGAAUCAAGUAGCUCCUAUGAUAUCUGUCAGUCCUCAGUCAUCUAACUAUUUCUUAAAGACUUUUUUUACAUUAGCAAUCACCAAUGAAAGUAUACUGAAUGGUUUAGCUGCAUGGGGUGCAUUAUUUGAUAAUGCUAUAGAAGGUGAAGAUAAAUAUUUGACUGUGAAUCGAUAUCUUCAACGAGGUAAUGAAUUAAUCCAUAAGAAUGAAAUCAGUACUAAUAAUGAUAGAUUCGAUAGUUUUAUUAAAUUGGCAUAUUAUUUAAUAGUUAUUGGUAUACAUAUUUGUUCAGGAGAUACUAAACAGUGGCACGAUUAUUUUAAUAGAUGUGUCAGGCUAUUUAAAGAUUAUGGCGGAAUUGUUAAAUUUAUUAAUGAUUUCAAAUAUUCUAAUGACUGUAAAUUUCUUAUAUCAAAUUUUCAAUUUCAUGAUGUUAUGUCUAGUGAGACGUUAAAGAAUGGUACUAUAUGUUCUAUGAAUAAUUAUAAUGAUUUAUUUAAAUUUAACAAGAUUCUCGAAUUGGACGAUUAUGGAAUUGACCCCUAUCAAGGAUGUAUUCAACUGGUAUAUUUGUUAUUGGGUGAGAUUAUGAAUAGUUAUGUUGAACUAAAAGAAGAAAGAUUUAAUUUAAAUAAAUUAUUGAACUCUAGUACGAGUGGUGAUAGUGGACCUGUCAUUAAUAAUUUACGUCUAAGUUAUUUGAAAAGAGUUAAUGAAAAGAUAAGUGAACUAUCUAAUAAGAUAGAAUAUUGUCAGCCAAAUGAAACUCAAAUGAAUCAGUUAGAAGAAAUUGAUCAAGCCAAUCAUUUGAAAUUAUUUGAAUUAUAUCGAAUUACUUGUAAAAUGUAUUUAUCGUUAUAUUUAAAGCAGAGUCAGCCUAUUUCAAGUGAGAUGCAAAACUAUUUAAUUAAUGCUCAAGGUAUUAUGGAUGAGUUAAUUCAAACGAAUUUGAUUAGUUCUUUGAAUAUGUCAUUAUUAAUCUGUGGAAUUUCAUGUUGUAAUAAAUUUGAUAGACAGAAUUUGAAUGAUAAAUUUUGUUCAAUAUACGAAAGAUAUCAAGUUGGUAAUGUUAAAAGAAUAUGGGAUGUAGUUAGAGAGGCAUGGAGAAGAAAUCCCUAUGGAAUAGUAUGUAUAGAUUGGUUAGAUAUUUGUAAUGAUUUUGGAUGGAAAAUCUCAAUGUGUUAA